AUGUCAUUAGUGUCUUAUGGUAGUUCUGAUUUUAGAAUUAAGAGCCUCGGAUUGGUCAAACUCAACUGUUGCGUAAAGAAUAUAUGCGCUUGGAUUAUUUUUGUAGUUGUAAAGGCUGAUGAUCAAAUCCCUUUGUUAGGCUUGCAAGAGUGUUUAACGUUAAAACUUAUUAAGCGAAUAGAUGCAAUUGAAAAAGUAAUGUUUAAAUCAGUUAAUGAUGUUGUGAUUAAAUAUCCACAAGUAUUUGAUGGGCUGGGGAGGUUUCCUAAUCAACAUCACAUAACUUUAAAAGAAAAUGCCAAACCUCGUAUUAGUCCCAUCAGGCGUGUUCCUCAAAUAUUGCAUGAUCGUUUAAAAACAAAGUUAUGUGAUCUUGAGGAAAAAGGAGUCAUUCGAAAGGUAGACAAGCCCUCAGAGUGGGUGCAUCCGUUAGUCAUAGUUGCAAAACCAAAUGGUGAUCUAAGGUUGUGUCUAGAUCCUAAGGAGCUGAACGAUACUGUACAGCGGGAGCAUUUUCUGAUACCAUCAGUAGACGAAAUUGCAGGAAGAUUGAGCAAUAAACAAUACUUUACUGUACUUGACAUGAAAGAUGGGUAUUGGCAGGUUGAGGUGGAUAGUCCUAGUGCUGAUCUGUUAACAUUUGGAAUACCAUUUGGUCGGUAUCAGUUUGUGCGUCUGGCUUUUGGCAUAUGUUCAGCACCCGAAGUAUUUCAAAAGAAAAAUUAUGAAGUAUUUGGUGACAUUAAAGGCGUAGGAGUGUACUUUGAUGACAUAAUUGUAACGGGAUCGUCGGAGGGUGAACAUGACAGAAACUUACAAUGUGUCUUGGAGAGGGCAUUGAAAUACAAUAUUAAGUUCAAUAAAUCAAAAAUACAAUUCAAACAAAGUAGCCUCAAGUUUAUGGGACAGAUGUUUACCAAAGAGGGGAUUCAGACAAAUGGAAAAUAUAUCAAAGCCAUUUCAGAUAUGCCGAUCCCGGGGUCUAAACUAGAAGUUUUAAGAUUUUUAGGUCUGGUUAAGUUUGUGGGGAAAUUUGUUCCUAAUUUAUCUAAAAUUACUGCACCUUUGCGCAAUCUGACACGACUUGAUGUGGACUGGCACUGGACGGCUGAGCAUCACGAAUCUGUCAAACAGCUCAAACAUCUAUUAACCACAUCGCCUGUAUUGGCAUUUUUCGACUCAAAAAAGGAGAUAGAAAUAGAAACUGAUGCAUCAAAGGAUGGGUUAGGCGCGAGUCUCCUACAAGAAGGAAAACCAAUAGCUUUCGCUUCUAGAAGUCUGUCGAAGACAGAACAACAAUAUGCUCAAAUUGAAAAAGAAAUGUUAGCGAUUCUAUUUGCAGUACAAAAGUUUCAUUACUUUGUUUAUGGGUAUCAUAUUAAAGUGCGGAUGAAGCGUCUGCCCGUGUCAGAUGAGCGCAAGGGUCAGUUCCAACAAGCCACUAGCAGCGAUCCUCAACUCAGUUCAGUUGCAAACUGCAUGAUAAAUGGUUGGCCUAGUCAGAAAUACAAAAUACCGGAAAACAUUAGAGUAUAUGUAAAACUUAAAGAUAAGCUAUACAUGAGUGACAACUUGCUGUUUUUAGAGCACAAACUGGUAGUGCCUAGUAUACUGAGAAAGGAAAUGCUUGAACUGCUACACGAGGGCCAUCUUGUUUGUGAGAGUCACGCUCGAAAGAAUCCUAAAGAAACCUUACUGCCAUACCCUCUUCCGGAUAGACCCUGGGAACGUGUAGGAUCGGAUAUUUUCACAUACGCUGAUAAGAGUUAUGUCGUUCUCUUUAACGCCUAUUCCAACUGGCUUGAACUUCUACAAAUUAAAGAUAAAAGCGCACAGACUGUUAUACAAAGCCUAAAGACUGUAUUUUCUAGGUUUGGAAGCCCAGACAUGUUAGUAGCUGACAAUGUACCGUACAAUAGCGAAAAGUUCCGAGAAUUUGCCAAAAACUGGAACUUUAAUCUUAUACUAAGAAGCCCUAAUUUUCCGCGAUCUAAUGGGCUUGCUGAAAAGGCAAUGUUACCUUCUAAUGUCUAUGAAGAUCAAUCUGAGGAUAGUGUCAACCAAGAUGAGGUACUUGGGUCUUCUUCUCAUAGUGAUGUCAAUCCUAGCAAGAAUAAUGAAAAUGUUGUGGGGAACAAGAGAGAGCAUACUAAGUCGAGAGAUUGUGAACCUAAGUUAGUAAAUAUAAGGGGAAAAUCAAACAUAAGUGUAAACGCCUCGCCUAAGCGUAUGAAUGUUAAGCAAGAAAAUCCGGAAAAAGUCUGUAAGUCUAAUAUAUUAGUUACUCGCUCAGAGUCGCCACCUGGUGUCAGCGAUAACACACCAAAGAGUGAGCAUCUCAGACAGCAGAGAGACACACACGGUGAUAUAAGUAGUCCGUGA